UCCGAGCGCCUUGCAGACGGCGUUUUUGGCGCGCGACGAUGAACGACGUCACGCCUUCGCAACAAAACUUUUGCAUUUUCUACAAUCGAACAACUCCACCUCAAUUGGUCUUUCAUCAAGCUGCUCUGUAGCUGCAGAUACGUAGCCUCUUCAAUUGACCCAACACAAUCUCCCUCAACCUUCUCAGUCAACCCGGUAUCAGAGAAAUGGACUGCAUUCCACUUCCCAUAGUUUGCUUCCAGUGCGGAACUGACCAAAACCCGUGUCACUGCAAAGUCGUCGGACCAACCCUUGGAUUCGCAGUGACAGUCGUGAUGGCGGUUGUCUGCUGGCCAGCCUCUCUAUUUUGCGGCUGUUGCGCAACCGAAACUGGAAAACACGUCCUUGCGGCUCCGGCGGACACAGGGAACGCGGUCAGCAAUGCGAUACCGUUUUGAUGCAUGACUUAAGGGCAGGUUUAUAGAGGCACAUAGAUGAUGACGAGGACAUCCCAUUCUGAGGACGGGUAAGUGAGUUAGGGUACAGUACUAUGACAUUAGUUUGG